AUGGCCGCUACACCCCUGGCCAUGAUCCUCCCAAGGAGCUCCGUCACUUGGAAAAGGCCAUCACCAUUGCUGACAGUCUUGCUCCUGGCAUGUUGCAUGAGACUCAUAGUCAGGACAGCCUUCGUCCCGGGUUCGCCUGAGCGGACUCGGCAGAACGCUCGUCUGGCUGUCAGCCGGCAAAAGGCCCUGCGCCGGGAGACUGGUUCUGCUUCCAAUUCCAUGAAGGACAUCGCAGAAGCCCUUCCGGGCAACAGCUUUUGGAAGGGCAUCACCCUCUUCAAUGCGGUGUGCUGGGGAUCAUCUUUCAUUUCCACGAAGGCGGGCAUUGAUGCACUCAGCUCCGCUGGCGUAGAGGAUGCUCCUGUGGUGUUCGGGGCCUUGCGUUUUGUUCUUGCAGCUUUGCCUCUCCUCCCAUGGCUACUGAAGUCCAGCUCAGCUGAGAGUGCACGAACGAGUGCAUUGGUUGGAAGCUUUGGGGCUGUGGCCUACGCAGCGAUCUUUGUGUCCUUCUCCUACGGCACGACCGGCGCCAAGGCUGCUUUCAUCACAGCCUUGCAGACCACGGUGGUGGCCUCCCUGAGCUCCAUGGCGGCCAAGCGCUUGAAUCUGGGCACCUUCUGCUCGGCAGUCUUAGCGGUGACCGGAGUGGGUGUGCUUGAGUUCUCAUCCGGGCCAGUGGAAGCGACCGUCGGUGACCUCAUGUGCAUGGCGGCACCCAUUGCCAUUGGGCUCAGUUGGCAUGUGCUCGGCGAGAGCAUGAAGAAGUUCCCAGGCGAUGCUACACCCACCGUGGCCAUCCAGCUCAUUUGCUUCGCCACACUUUUUGGGGUGUGGUCUUUUGGCGAGCUGUUGUGGCGCCAUGGUCCUGCUGGCGUCGCAGAGGGCAUUGCCCAUUUCCCUGCUCUCCUCGAAACGCCAGGCCUUCUGCCUGCGCUCCUGUUCUCAGCCUUCUUUGGCAACACCGUCACCAUGCUGCUUUGCAACGAAGCUAUGAAGCGCCUCAAGGCCUCUGACGUCUCCCUCAUCGUGGCCUCUGAACCGCUCUGGGCUGCGCUGGCAGGGGCGGCCUUCCUUGGGGAG